ACAUCAGCAUGUCACAAUAGUUUGAGAACUAGGCUACGUUCUCUCAAGCAUCAAGCAGUAAUGAUUGGCUGUAGUGUAGGUAGUGGAAGUCACUGGUGCAACGUGAUGUUCUAUACCACACUGGCAAACACCUGAAUAUAGGCGAGGCCCAUGUUUUAAGGUACCGUGUUUCUUGGGUCACUGUAGAUAAGGCAUAGCACUUUCAGAUCACAACCGAAGGACUUGAUCUCAAUCCUGAAAGGUGGAGACAAAAUAAGCAAGGUCUUCUUGCACAUGUAACCCCUGCUCAUCUAGCAAUAACUAGGUACCUGGGUAUUUGCCCUGACUAUUGUACGUCACUUCCUGGAAGGAAGGAAAGGCUGGGGGAAGAGGGGGAGAAAGGUGAUACUCUUGCAUUUGACAGGAUAAGGUUUUAAAAAUAAGGAAUAUGAUUAAGAGUGAUUUAAAUUCUAGACUAGAACAAAAAUAAGAAUAACACGCUGACAUCAUUAUAUUCAUGGGGAAGAAAUCGAGUUUGUUCCAAUGAACGGGAAGGCAGCUGAAAUUUCUUGAAUCAAGAACCCUUGACCAGCAUCAAGGUACCCCCUUGAAAGGAACUCACUGGCCGAAAGUUUCACAGUCCAGCGUCAUGUUAAAGAACAGUUCCCUAGAGAAUAAUUUUUUUGAUAGAGAUGUUAUAAUAACGCUGUUGCAGCACUGAAAGAUAAUGCUGGUUUGCAGUUGAGCAAUGACACAGGUAGACACGGAAGAACCACUCAUCCUCGCAAUCCUGGUGGGAGCCUAGUCAGUGUGCGGCCACAGGUGAAAGCAUUAGUAUCUUCCUCUCCUCUCGUACGGCACCCGAAGAACGCCACUCUCGACCACCAUCAGUGGAAGAAUUUAUUGACUUUGUCAUGCGAAACCAGGAUAGUUUUACAGCAAAAAGAUAAUGGUUUCUGAAGACGAACAAACUGUUCACUGCUAGAAAAUUCACCGAAUCGCAACUAAGAUAGGACAGUGUUUCUAGAACAGUAUAGUCGAAAAAAAAUAUCAAAAAGGAAAAACUGAUGAAGACAAACUCCGACUUCACAGGCACAGUAGGUCUGGAGGAGGAGACGAAGACAUGCAACAGAGUGAACAAAAAUGCGUCCUGUGGACAUCCUCCUUGCCUACUGUGAGUACUAGAAGAGUCCCCAGCAGGAAGGUCAUCUUCCUUAGAACCAUCUUCAAUAUGGCUACACAUAGACGGAUCUCUCAGUUGUGUCUGCUUCUAAUGAUUGGAAUUCUCAUCUUCCUUUUAUCUAAUACUAAUGUAAGUCCAAGUUGUCUAUCUAAUACUAAUGUAAGUACAAGUAUACAAACAAGGGUAACAGAAACAAUUAAUACAACGAUGAUAUACAAUGCUAAUGGAGCUUAUUAUAAAAGUGCAACUUCACAAACUCUUGCACAAAAGCAUAAUGUAAAGAAAAUUAAAGAAAAAGAGGAAACUUUUAUCGAAAAAGUGGAGUAUCAGUUAAUAAAAGGCAUUAUGAGGAGUGUUCUUGCUUCACACUCCAGGCGGUUACAUUCUUUGGCUAAGUUCAAAACACUGCCCGAAGGUAUAACAAACAUAGCGAAUACCUCAAAAGUGAUAGAUACAACCACAAGCAUGGACGAAGAAACGCAAAGAAAUACAAAACCUAAGGUUAAACAAAGAGAAAAAGUGAGGGGCCGUAAUGACAAACACAGACAGGACGAUACACAUAAGAUGAAGAGUAAGAAAGACCUCUCCAAGUACCACCACGAAAAAAAUCUCGGGAGAGACUUGGCAUCGUUACCACCCAAGAAAAUUCUGAUGUACACAACUUUUUUCGGCCGAGAAAGCUGGGCUGACCUGCUGGGGAGCAGGACGGACCUGCACAACUGUCCUACUGCCAACUGUAUCUUCACCAAUAAUGCUUCAGAAGCCUCGGAUGCCGACGCCCUUAUCUUCCACGCCUUUGAUUUUUACCCAGCGAAUGUCCCGCGUGUUCGACACCCGAACCAGCGAUACAUCUGGCUCACCCAUGAAUCUCCAGGACUCUUCAGUGACACCAGCAAAGUGGACUCGUCUGUUGAAGCCGGGUUCUUCAACUGGACCAGCACCUACCACAGAGCCUCCGACAUCUUCCUGCCCUACGGAGGACUCAAGUCAAUUAUAGGUGAGCGUGACCUGGGGCGCCCCGGCCUCCUGAAUACAUCAGGAGUUACAUACAAGUCAUAUAUAGCAGCUCUGCAACACGGAGAUCUACCUACUGGACAUUUCAACCAGGAGCUUGUGGGUAAUUGGUCGUCCUUCCUGUCUCGUCCUAAGCUGGUGUCUUGGAUGGUAUCCCACUGCAACACACUGUCUGGCAGAGAACUGUAUGUGAAGGAGCUGCAGCAGUACCUGCAGGUGGAUGUGUACGGCGCUUGUGGUCCUCUAGCUUGUGGCAAAUCUCACCUCGACACUCAUUGCUACCAGAAGGUCCUCAGACCCAACUACAAGUUCUAUCUGGCCUUCGAAAACAACCUGUGUGAUGACUAUAUUACAGAAAAAGUCUGGUACCCUCUACACCAUGGACUGGUACCGGUGGUGUACGGAGGCGCCCAGUACUCCCAGUUCCUGCCUCCUCACUCCUACAUCGAUGCCACGCACCUCAAGCCACGUCAGCUGGCUCGCCUCCUCACCAGUGUGGCUGCUUCACCACGUGUGUACGGUCGCUACCACCUGUGGAGGCAAUACUGGAGAGUGUUACUGUACCCUCCACUGUGUGAACUGUGUCACAAGCUCCACCAUCACCAUCCCUCCACUCUCACCGUCCACCCACCAACUUGGUGGGCCGCCCUCAACAACUGCACCACCCUCUACCCUCUACACCAGUACCCCAGGAAGGACCUGAGAGUCCUGCUUUAUGACCUGAAAAAGAAAAUGGACAAUGUCUUCUUACCCAAUGUAAAAAAUAUGGUUUAGCUAUAGGUAUGAGGGGUCCUUUCUUAUAUGUGUAUCUGUAAAGAUUUUAUUUAUUUAUUAUAUUUAAUCAAUUAUAUAUUAUAAGUGAAAAGAAACACGAAUACCAUUAAAUUAUCACAGCACAUAAUAAUAAUAAUAAUAAUAAUAAUAAUAAUAAUAAUAAAAUUCAUAAAGCGUUCGUAAUAUGGUUCACUUGAUUUUUAUUAUUAUUAUUAUUAUUAUUAUUAUUAUUUAAAAGAAGCGCUAAACCUACAAGGGUCAUACAGCGCUGACGGUUCAGUGGAUAUGGUAUCAAUUUACUUCCCGGGGAAAGUGUGGAUUAUGUCUUCCUCCAUAUCACCAUACAAGCUUCUCAAAAUAUUCUCUAUCAUACCUCUACUACCUUAUCCAACAUUUCACCAAUGUCACUCAAGGCUGACAAGUUAAUUUUCUCUCCGUAUUUUCUCAAUUUAUCUCUCUCCAGAACUGGUUAUAUUCACAAGAAUUACUGAUAAAGUCACACACUUCAUUUUAUUUAGUUUUUCUUAUCUUUCUUUGUCACUCUUCCUUAUUAUCAUUUAAACGUUGUAAUAUCUGUUAAAUAUUUUAUUUUUUUGGACACCAUUUCAACCUCAUUAUUUCAUCUUUUUCUCCUCUUUCUUCCGGCACCCACCUUCCUAUAUCCACAAACUUAUGCUGCACCCUCUGAUGCUCCAAUUUUAAAUUUAAACCGCUUUUCACAUCUCUUGCCUAGUGGCACCAUUUUCCAGUCCUUCCACCUUUCUCUUACCGUAGUUGCCACUAAUAAUAAAGUAUAUCAGUGGCUAUUCUAAAAACACCAACAUUCAGAAUAGUACGCAACUGCCCAAUGGAAAUAAGUCUGAGUUUUUUAUGUUUUACACAUAUUUUGCUAUGUAUGAUAAUUGUACUUAUGUGGACGUGUACCUAAAUAAACUUACUUACCUUCAUCCUAUUAUACUUUAGGAUUUAGCCAGGCCAGCACAUAAUUCCUCAGAGAACUCUUGCGUACAUCAUAUCUCGUAUUCUGUAAUUAUCGCUUUCUUCCUGAAACAUGCAUUACCUGUUAUUUUAUUAAACCUGUUUUUAAGCACAAUUAAAUUAAAGGUCCUCAGUUAUUGUUUACUCCUGUCAUACCAAAUAUUCCUACAACACCGUCGGUAAAAGUGACUCCCACUUUAGGUGUCAAGUUUCCCAAAACAAUAUUAUUUUGUUUGGCAACAGGGAAGCGAAUUAAAUUUCUUUUUAACACUAAAAGUUGUUAAGAAAUAGCAAAAAGGUAAAGUCAGAUGUAUGCUGGAUGUAAGUAGAGGCUAAUGUGAAUCACCGACAACUUUAAGUAUUCACGAGACAGACUGGGAAUGUCAAACUUGAAUGUCAGACAAGAGUCAGAAACCAAAGCAGAAGUAAGCUUGUCGAACCCACCACCUUCUCUGGGAGGCGAACUUCUGUGUGGUAACACCAGUCAGAUACCGUACGACAGCACCGCUACAUUAUAAAAACAAAUGCCAGUAUAUUUCAGCUGAUUUAAACCUUUGCCAGAAUGCAGUCACCUGGUAAAUCAAUUUACAGAUCAGAAACAUAAAGUUUUGUUGCUGAAGAUGUGUAAAUAAAUGUAAAAU